AUGAGAGGACAGCACCGCAGUAUCAAUUCAAUCCGCAGACUCUGCAGCCUCAAGCACUCAGACUUUGUGAACUGCCUGAUUGAUGAGACGAUAUCACUUGACAACCUGCAGAGACUGAAACAAACAUUUGAGGACUUCGGCUCGAGAUGCAUCGACGCGAAGAAUUUUGGACGUGUAGUGAAGAAGUGUUUAGAUUUGCCUAACGCAAGCAACGAGCAGAUUCAAGCGUUAUUUAAGAAGAUAGAUUAUUCAGGCCAAGGGAGAAUUUCAUGGGGUCAGUUCUGCACUCACAUGCUGCAGGAGCACAAGGAGAAGGAGGAAAGUGUGAGACGCAGCAAGCAGGUGGCUUUUACUCUGCCUGCCACCACGAAGGGUUUGGGGCAGGGCGCUCCCAUCGUCAGAAUCCAGUCAACCCCUGAUGGCACCAUCGUUACGCUGCGAGAAGACGGCACUGUUUGCUUCUGGAGCCCUGAGCUCCGACCUCAGUGGACCAAACAUUUAUUUAUCGAAGACGCUGCCAACAGCAAGUCAAAGUGGGCCAGUGAUUUCACUCUGAUGACUGAGUACAACAAGCUGAUGAUUGCAACAGGGGACAGAGAGAUCCAGAUUUACGAUCUCACCACUCUGGAGCCGUAUUGUCAGAUCAAUGCUCUGGACACAGUUCCUCUGACAUUAGACUACGGCUGCACCGGCCCUGAUAAGUGUUGUAUUCUGUAUGGAGACACAGAGGGAUGUGUGACCAUCAUUUUAAUAUCCUCUGUUGGAGAUACACUCAGGUUAUGGAAUAAAUUACCAAAGGUUGAAAAUGUUCCCAACAUAGUGAUUGACAACGCGGUGAUGUCUCCCAAUGUGACGUUUGUCAGAUGGAAGGUUCAUCAUGACUGGGUGACACAGGUCAAGUAUUUUCCAAGUUUCCAAGCUGUUGUCUCCUCAUCAAAUGAAGAAUGCUCUUCUCUUGUUAUAGGCCGAGUGCUGCCUUUAACAGAUGCCGAGCAGCAGCUGAGUGAGAUCAGAGAGUCCUCCUAUGAAGGGAAGACCAAGAAGGUGCAGAUGAGCUGGACCCCACAGCUCCGGGCGUCCUGCGACCAGACGGUUUUCAACAUUUACAAAGGUGUCAAGACCUUUGACCUUUGUCGGAAGCACAGCCUGUUGGUCACAGGAGGCAUGGACAGACUCAUACGAAUGUGGAACCCACAUUUUUCAGGGAAACCAAAUGGGAUUUUGAAAGGCCACUCUGCUCCCAUCGUCCACCUCUGCAUCUCCUCAGAGGACAGUCACGUCUUCUCUGUCUCCAGUGACAGCGCUGUGAAAAUCUGGGAUAUUCAGGACCAGUGCUGCCUGUUUAUGGUCGACCCUAAAGCGAGCGGGAUUCAUGGAGACAUAUCUGCGUGUUGGUAUUCGUCUGCCAUGAAAUCGCUCUUCAUCGCCGCAGACUGCAUGGCUGUGCUCUCACUCAAGAUAAGGCCACAGAUUUGCAGCCGUUUGACUGUUUCACACAACGAGCCUGUGACGUGCUGCGGCUACAGCGAGGAGUUCCGUCAAGUUGUCAGCUGCACUGAAGGAUCUGUGAAAGUCUGGGAUUUUGACAGCGGUCGUCAGAUGUUUGAGUUUGGUGGCACACGUGAUCAGUCCGCCAUCACGUGCAUGACGUUUGACCUCAAAGGGAGGAGACUCUUCACUGGUGGAAGAGAUGGAUGUUUAAAGAUCUGGAACUUUAACAAUGGUCAGUGCUUGAAGACGCUGAAGAAGGUGGGUGAAUGUCGCGAAGUGUGUGACUGCAUCUUUAUGAAAGUUCACAGGAACGGCUAUGUGAUGUCUGUCGGCCGGGACAGGAACAUUGACAUUUACUCGGACAUGCCUGAGGACCUUCGUCAUGUCCAGAGGCCGCAGCCUUCGUGGCAGGACGACCUGAAAAACGGCCAUAAUGACGACAUCCUUUGUGUGGCGCAGUGCCCGCCGUCUCUCUUGGCCACCAGCAGCUAUGAUGGAGAGAUUAUCGUGUGGAAUGUGGUUUCUGGACGGAUACAGAGUCGGUUUGUCACCCCUCAUGCAGCCGAAUACCAAAAUGCUGAAGGACUGGACUCAAGUGUUCCAAGCAUCAUUUUCCUGAAGAACCUCAAGGUUUCCUCUGCCACGCUUCUCUUGUCUUCCGGGGCCAUGGGUUGUAUUAAUAUCUGGCAAGUGCUCAGCGGAGGAAAGUUCCUGAGCAGCUUCAAAGCCUCUAGAUUCCAGCAGAAAAUAACAAAACUGGCUAAAACAGACGAGGACACGUUGCUCUAUGCUGCUGACCAUAUUGGUUACAUCUACGUUUUCAACAUGAGCAAGUUUUCCCCCGAGCAAAAAUCACCCAGAGCUGAAAACUUCUGGCGUGCCCACACCAGCAGAGUUUCUGGCCUGCAGAUUGUUCACAAUGAUCAAGUGGUGCUCACCUCAUCCACAGACUACACCGUGCGUCUGUGGAGCUCACGUGGAGAAUUCAUAGGGACCUUUGGGCAAACUGAGAGCUGGAGCACCCACAUCCAGUCCUCCUGGAUGCACCCCGCCGUCCCUUAUGAGGUUCUGAUUCAUCCUCUGAGUAUCCCAGCUCAUGAAACCACAAAUGUAAAAGCACGGCAGUCUAAUGAAAUCCAUUACACAGCCGAGGCUGAUGGAGGGGAACAACAGUCAGCGACGCACGGCGGGUUGAGACUUCCGCCGACAUCCAUCAGUGAACCAGACAUCGAGGAAGAUUAAAACACAUUUUACCCAGUGGAACACAAGCCUGGACUCUGUCAUGAAAUUGCCGAGCAUACUAACAAGCUAUCGAACGGCGGCGCUCUGAAAGGCUUUUAUACUGUGGAGCCACCGCAAGACCUGACCUCUCCCUCGCUCCCUCGCAUCGAUCCUCUCAUAAGCAGCACUGAGGAACUGCAGUCCACUGAAUGAGAGGAAACUGUAUUGAUCACAUGUGGAAAACUGCAGCAUCCGCUAUAAUAAGGAAGAAGCAAGCACAAAUCAAAUGUACUGAAACAAUGGUU